AUGGUGAUAUUUGAAGCAAUUGUUUUAGUACUUUUGCCCCAGGUUGUAUGCAAGAUUCCCAGUGCUAAAUGCAGCAUCAGUGAGCCUCUGCCUUUUCUUCACAAGGAAUACCAACCAGGAGACCUCAUCAUUGUAGGCAUUUUAUCUAAGAUCUAUAUAUUCUGUUCCAUGAUGGACUUCAGUGAAGCACCCUCUAGUCACCUCUUUGAUGACAUUCUAGUGAUCACACCGAUCUAUCAGCAAUUUCUGGCUUUACAAUUUGCAGUCAAGGAAAUCAAUGCAAAUCCUGAGAUCUUACCUAACCACACCUUGGGCUUCCAUAUCUACAAUAGCUAUUUUAGUGCAAGUUGGACCUAUCGUGCCUCAUUGGAACUGUUCUCUACUCAGGACAGAUUCAUCCCUAACUACAGCUGUGACAUACAGAAUAAGCCAAGAGCCGUUAUUGGAGGACCAACCUCUGCAGUUGGAGCCCAUAUGACAACCAUCCUGUCCCUUUACAAGAUGCCACAGCUCAUAUAUGGCUAUACUCCAGAGAGAAAUGGAAACAAGGAAGCUGUUUUAUACCAACAGAUGUUCCCAAAUGUCAACUAUCAGUACAAAGGAAUUCUCCAAUUGCUACUGUACUUCAAAUGGACGUGGAUUGGUGUAAUUUCUCCAAAGAAUGAGAAUGGUGAGAAAUUUGUACAUGAUGUAGUUCCCAUGUUUGCCCAGAGAGGUAUUUGCUUUGACUUCAUUGAAGGAAUUCCAACAACAACUUAUUCAAAUAGCAUUUUUGACUUGAUGGAAGAGGGAAUUAAAAUGUUUCAAGUGGUUAUGAGAAGCACCACUAAUGCAGUAUUAAUCCAUGGGGAAAUUGAUGACAUGAUUCUUUUGAGGACAUUCCCUACUAUGUCCAAAUUGGAAGGAAUACAGCUGUGGACAAAAGUUAAAGUUUGGAUUAUGACAGCACAAAUAGAUUUCAUAUCACUUCCCUUUAUAAGAAAUGAGGACAUAGACUUCAUCCAUGGUGCUCUUUCUUUUGCAAUUCACUCAAACAAGGUGUUGGGAUUUCGGGAAUUUCUUCAGAUGAGAAAGCCUGCCUUUGAGAAAGAUGAUAGCUUUAUCAAGCUCUUCUGGAGAAAUGCAUUUGAAUGCUCAUUCUCCAACUCAAUGAUAGAAGAAGAAGAUGGAGUGAUGUGCACUGGAGAGGAGAAACUGGUGACACUUCCUACAUCUGUGUUUGAAAUGGACAUGACUGGCCACAGCUACAGCAUCUACAAUGCAGCCUAUGUGGUAGCACAUGCUUUGCAUGCCAUGCUGUCAUCUGCAUCUACAUUCAAAGCAGAGAACCACAAGGCCCAACUUUGCCUUCUGGAACAACAGUUCUGGAAGCUCAACCACUUUGUGAGAAGGAUCUCAUUCAACAACAGUGCAGGAGAAAAGGUUUCCUUCAAUCAGAAUGGAGAUCUGGUCCAUUCAGAAGCAUUUUCUGACAAACAUUCUCUUCUUCAUUAUGGACAGGCCCAGCCACUUUCUCUCUGUAAUAACAGAUGCCAUUCAGGAUAUAGUAAGAGCAAGUUAGAAGGGAAGCCAUUUUGCUGCUAUGAUUGUCUUCAAUGUCCAGAAGGGAAAGUUGCCAACCAGGAAGAUAUGUAUGAUUGUUUUCAAUGUGAACAAGAUCAAUAUCCAAACCAAAAUCGGGAUUUCUGUCUCUCCAAAGUUAUAACAUUCUUGACAUAUGAAGAAACUUUGGGAACUGUUCUGACCAGUUUUGCUCUUUUCUUUACUUUCAUCACGUCUAUAGUACUUUGGAUCUUUAUUAAGCAUCAGGACACUCCCAUAGUCAAAGCCAACAACCAAAAUCUCUCCUAUGUUCUCCUUGUUGCUCUCAUGUUGUCUUUCCUUUGUUCUUUGCUAUUCAUUGGCCAACCUUCCAAGGUGAUGUGUGUCCUUCGUCAAACUGCUUUUGCCAUUAUCUUCUCAGUGGCCAUUUCUUGUGUUCUGGCCAAAACCAUCAUUGUAGUUAUAGCUUUCUUGGCCACCAAGCCAGGCUCCAAGGUGACCAAAUGGGUGGGGAAAAGACUAGGCAUGUUCAUUAUAUCCUGCUGCUCCUCUAUAGAAGGUAUUAUAUGUGCUACAUGGCUGUCAAUCUCUCCCCCAUUCCUAGAUGUUGACAUGAGUUCAAUGGCAGAAGAAAUAAUUCUGGAAUGUAAUGAAGGAUCAGUCUUCAUGUUCUAUUGUGUCUUGGGCUAUAUGGGCUUCCUUGCCAUUGUCAGCUUCACAUUGGCUUUCCUAGCAAGAAAAUUGCCUGAUGCUUUUAAUGAAGCCAAGUUUAUCACCUUCAGCAUGUUGGUCUUCUGUAGUGUCUGGUUGUCCUUUGUUCCAACAUACUUGAGCACAAAGGGAAAACAUAUGGUUGCUGUGGAGAUCUUCUCCAUUAUAGCUUCCAGUGCUGGGUUACUGAUUUGUAUCUUUUUCCCUAAAUGCUACAUCCUUGUGUUGAGGCCUGAUCUGAAUAAGAAAGAACAGCUAAGAAUAAAAAAAAAUAAUACAAGAUGA